AUGGACAAUGAGGUUUACACGUGGGUUGCUCAUAUGCCCUUGGGAGCGCGCAGGCGGCCAGAGCUCUGCAAUCAAUGGGAAGCCUCGACGAUCCCUCUGCUCUGCAGCUACAAGGACGUCGCCGUCGACGCCGCCACCGGGUCGGGUAAAACCCUAGCUUUCGUUGUGCCCGUUGCCGAGAUUCUUCGUCGAUGCCCUUCGCCGAAAUCUCAUCAGGUGUUGGGAAUGAUCGUUUCUCCAACAAGGGAAUUAUCAUCUCAGAUAUACCAUGUUGCAGAACCUUUCUUCUCGACCGUUCCAAAUGUUAAGACUGUACUUCUUGUUGGAGGGGUGGACAUAAAGACAGACAUCAAGAGAAUAGAAGAGGAAGGAGCAAAUAUACUAGUUGGUACUCCUGGAAAGUUGUACGAUAUUAUGGAUCGUGUAGACAUCCUAGAUUUUCGGAGCUUUGAGAUCCUGAUAUUGGAUGAGGCGGAUAGGUUGCUCGACAUGGGUUUUCAAAAGCAAAUCACUUCAGUCAUCUCUCGGUUACCAAAACUCCGUAGGACUGGCCUUUUUUCAGCAACCCAAACUGAGGCGGUUGAAGAGCUUUCAAGGGCUGGCUUAAGAAACCCAGUCAGGGUUGAAGUUCGAACAGAAACCAGAACACUAGGUAAUCUGGAAUCCUCACAAGAAUUAGCUGCUUCAAAGACGCCUUUGGGGCUUCAUAUUGAGUAUGUGCUAUGUGAAGCAGAGAGAAAGCCAUCACAGCUUGUUGAAUUCUUAUCCAAAAACGUUUCAAACAAGAUAAUCAUCUACUUCAUGACAUGUGCUUGUGUUGAUUACUGGGGAAAAGUUCUUCCACAGCUUACAGCUCUCAAAGACUGUUCACUAAUUCCUCUUCAUGGGAAGAUGAAGCAGUCUUCAAGGGAGAAAGCAUUAGCAUCUUUUACUGCACUUCCGAGUGGUGUUCUUUUGUGCACUGAUGUUGCUGCAAGGGGACUUGACAUUCCGGGUGUUGAUUGGAUUGUACAGUACGACCCUCCUCAAGAUCCAAAUGUUUUUGUGCAUAGAGUUGGCCGGACUGCACGAAUAGGAAAGCAAGGAAGUGCUAUUGUUUUCCUAUUGCCGAAGGAAGACGCUUAUGUAGAGUUCCUUCGUUUAAGAAGAGUACCUCUCCAAGAGAGAGAAUGUUGCUCUGAUGCUUUUGAUGUCGUUCCAUUGAUAAGAUCUGCUGCAAGAGAAGACCGUGAUGUGAUGGAGAAGGGCCUUAAAGCAUUCGUAUCAUUUAUUCGUGCAUAUAAAGAGCACCACUGUUCUUACAUCUUAAGGUGGAAGGAGCUGGAGAUUGGGAAGCUGGCCAUGGGAUUUGGCCUACUACAGAUCCCUGUGAUGCCGGAGGUGAAGCAUCAUUCUUUAUCUGUUGAUGGUUUUAUUCCUGUAGAGGAUAUUAAUCUAAUGGAGAUCACGUACAAAGAUAAAAUUCGAGAGAAACAAAGACAAAAACUCCUGCUAAAGAAACAGGAAGAAGAAGCCUCACGGGGGCCAAAACCAGAGAGAAAUAGAAGAACCUCAGAUGAUACAACUACCGUUUCAAGGAAGAAAACGGGCAAACAACGCAAAGCCAUUCAAACAAAAGAAGAUGUCGAAGAGUUGGAUCACGAGUAUCGAUUACUUAAAAAACUGAAGAAGGGGGUGAUUGAUGAAAGUGAGUAUGAGAGGCUUAUGGGUUUUGGAGAGGAACUAGGCUCAAAGGCGAAUGCCAUUGAUGAAGUAAAGCACAAGGGUCGGAGCAAAAGACAGAAGUCUAAACAAAAAGCAGAUUCUAAGAGUUAUCGUUCAAAAUCAGGGUUCAAAUCUAAGAGCAGGAGGAAGUAAGAAAAGCCUUACAUCACCUGGUAACCGUGUUCUAACCCGGGUAUAGCUCAAGGAUUUAACUGAAAGGAUCUUGAUUUGUGCAAGAGUCUGGCGAUGUCUGCUGUUACCUGAAGAGAUGUGUUAAUUUACAAGGUCAAAUUAUUUGAUGCAGUUCUGAUUUUAUUUUUGACAGAGAAGUGGUAGCAAGGUUAGGGUGAUGAGGUGGAUAUUCAAUUAUUGUAUUUAUGAGCUUUUUUGAGGGGGUGUUUAUCUUGUUAGGAAAUCUUCUAAUUGUUUUUACUUUAGUUAUGUUUGCUGUUGUUUUCUUUGCAUUUUAUUUGAUAUGUUUGCGAGCAAUUAUAGAAUUUCA